AUGCAGUUUUCUUACACCUAUCAACCACCUAAUAUUCGCCAAUCCGUGGUCGAGUCGCAGAUCUUAGACAGUAUCGGUCGCUCAAAACGCCAUAGAGAGGAUGACGACGACGACGACGACCAACCUCGAACUAUGAUACCCAAACUACAGGAGUUUCCAGAGCUCGCGAACAAACUGAAACCAUCAGGUGCGUGUGCUCGGUGCAAAAGCUUGAAGGUCCGGUGUGAAUUCAGGGGCGAUAACGAUACCUGCAAACGGUGCACGGGUGCCGCUCAAGAAUGUGUCAUUCCUGGGCGCAAACCACGUCGGACCCUACCCGAACGAGAACACCUUUUGAAUCAGAUUCGUGAACAAGCUGCUCAAAUUCAGGAGCUUAUGGCGCAAACAGGUGUUAUGCAAGGCGGUGGAGCAUCCCAGCAACCCUGGUCACAGUCAGCCUAUCCCAUUCCAAGUUUUGGAAUGAAUCUUGGAUCGGGUAUGCCCAGCGCACAUCAAGGAUUAUUUCCCAACUGGGUGCCAUCCACCCCACCUACCGCUUCCGAUGUCUUUCCCUCCACUCAGCUUACUCCCUCGAUCACCAUCCCAGACUUAACUGGGCUCAUCACCCGAUGCAGCCAAGACCCUCUCUCUGGCGGCACGUACGGAAAUAUUUACAAAUGUAUAUAUCAUGGACCAGGUAGUGAUGUAGAGGUCGCCGUCAAAGCAAUUCGACCGCAAUUCUUCACUGCUGAGGUAUUUCGGAGAGAGCUCGGGAUUUGGAAGAGGUUGCGACAUCGUAAUAUUUUGAAGUUCAUGGGUACUACUUCGGACUUUGGCCCUUCUGUGGCUCUGGUUGCUCCGUGGAUAGUCAACGGCACUCUAACGUCGUUCCUCGAUGAGAAAAACGAAAUUCUCACGCUGCGUGAUCGUCUUCUUCUGCUCUGCGACGUUGCCGCUGGCCUCAACUAUCUUCAUACAUUUAGCCUUACUAUAGACGGACAUACACAUUCCAAUCCAGUCGUCCACGGAGACCUCACUGGUACCAAUGUCCUCAUCGGUAGCGAUGGCACUGCAUAUCUUGCAGACUUUGGCCUUUCGGGAACCUUGACCAAAUUGCCCGGGAUGACGUACCUCGCGAAGAUGAGCUGUCGUCCAGGAGCAGUGAGGUGGACAGCUCCUGAACUUUUUUCUGAGGAAGAAUCAGACUCUGCGAUCACCACUCAGAGUGAUAUUUACUCCUUUGGUGGGAUUAUACUUCAAGUCCUGACGGGAAAAGUGCCCUGGCCCCACUUGAACCGUGAAGCUGCAAUCUUGAGGAAGGUAAUCAUUGAGGGGGAAAUACAUCCUCGUCCAGACGACGAUCGUGUUACCGACCAGCAAUGGAAUUUCAUGACCCGUUGCUGGUCUCAGACACCCACCAAUCGACCCCCCGCCGAAGAAGCACUUCAAUUUAUACCCCUUCGUACAACGACCAUCCGUCUUCAUCCUCCCCCUACUUCAGUUGUUUUUCUUCACCCUCUUUUGGAAUCAGCAAGGAUCAUGGUUGAUCCUUUGUGGCAGGAUACCUUGGUCCCUGGUUUCCAGUGGAUCGGUCAAAUGCAGUUAUACGCCCAAGAUUACCAGAUGUACGAGCCACAGCACUUGGGUUCGAUGUCAUGA